GUUCAAUAUUUUUUUUUAUAUAUUAUUUAUUGCAUUGCAUAUUUUUGUUCACCCUGCACCUUGUGAAAUCAGGGUCUCUCUCUCUCUCUCUCUCCCACGUUUAUAUAGUAGUAACUAACAAUUGCAUAACACAGAGAGAGUUAAAGAUAGUAACCAUGGAGCUUCAAAAUUCUACCAAAAACCCUAAUCUAGAACCUUCAAACUCCAACAAUGGCGGCGAAACCUUCUUCGAAGACAUUGACAGUAACUGCUCCACUCCAUAUGUCAGCGCACCUUCAAGUCCUGGCCGCGGCGGCGGCCCACCACCCAUCUCCUCCGGUUACUUCUACAGCGCUCCGGCAAGUCCAUUGCAUUUCUCCAUAACCGCUUCUUCCUCUUACCACCACCAAACAACAACCUCUUCAGUUCCUAUGAGUUACGAGUUUGAAUUCUCAGCCCGGUUCGGAUCCACCGGUUCAGCCGCUUCCGGUUCAAUGACUUCCGCUGAUGAGUUAUUCCUCAACGGUCAGAUCCGACCCAUGAAGCUUUCUUCUCAUUUGGAACGUCCUCAGGUUCUUGCUCCAUUGCUAGAUCUUGAAGAAGAGGAAGAAGAUGAAGAAGAAGGUGAAGUUGUUGUUGUUCGUGGUAGAGAUCUGAGGUUAAGAGACAAAUCUGUUAGAAGAAGAACCAGAUCUAUGUCUCCUUUAAGGAACAACAGUCAUUUAGAAUGGACAGAAAACGAAGACGACAACAACAACAAAAACAACGUUGCUUGUGAGAUUGAAGAUGAAAUGAACAACAAAAAUAAUGAAAAUGGAAAUGAUUGUUCUGAAAUGGAGAAUGUUAAGGUUGAUGAAAUGGGUUUAGAAAGAAUAGAGAUAACACCUUUAGAUUCAGCUUCAUCUUCUAGAUCUUCUUCAGCUGGAAGAAGCUCUAAAAGAUGGGUUUUCUUGAAGGAUUUUCUUAGAAGCAAAAGUGAAGGAAGAAGUAACAACAAGUUUUGGUCAACUAUUUCAUUUUCUCCAACAAAAGACAAGAAAUCUAGCUCAAAUAAUCAAAAUCUACAAGCCCAGAUUUCAAAGGAGAAAACUUGUGAAACACAAAGAAAUGGGUCAUCAUCAUCAUCAUCAUCUUCUAGUAAAGGAAGUUGGGGUAAGAAAAUGACGGGAAAACCUAUGAAUGGUGUUGGGAAGAGACGUGUUCCACCUUCUCCACAUGAGUUACACUAUAAAGCAAAUAGGGCUCAAGCUGAAGAGUUGAGGAGAAAGACGUUUUUGCCUUAUAGACAAGGUCUGCUUGGUUGUUUGGGAUUUAGUUCUAAGGGUUAUGGGGCUAUGAAUGGCUUUGCUAGAGCCUUAAACCCUGUUUCUUCAAGGGUAAAUCUCAAAUCAAAGUAAAAAGGUGGGACUGUUACAGAAUCCGCAUAAUGUGGGGAAGCCAAGUAGUUGGCUAAGGUCCCAUUGCAACAGUUCAGAACAUGGUAACACAAUUGAAAGAAAGAUGCUUAUGUUUUUGUUUGCAUCUUUGAAGUCCCCAAGUAUUUGUUUUUGUUGUACAUAUGCAAAUUGCAUGAGAUAGUUGUCGGGAUCAUGGUAAUAAAAUUGAUGAUGAUGAUAUGAGUUUACUAAUUUAUUUUUGGACGGGGUCCAAACUCAAACUCCAUAUGGUGGUUGUUAGAUGCACGGUUUAUAAUUAUGCUAUGAUGAUAUUGAUAGACAUGUUUAGAUUUAGGAUAAAGAUGUUGCAAAUCUAUAUGCAGACAAGAUGUGGACAUAAAGUAGAUUUAGAUUAUUUGACAUUGACUUGUUUAUAACUUAGCUUAGUAUUAUUAUUAUAAGCAAGAAUGGAACCCCCAUGUAAAAUCCUAAUGAAUUGUCCCAUUUUCUUUUUGGUUGCGUCUGAGUUAGUUUUUUUCCUUUUUAUUAUUAGUCUUUUCAAAUAUCCCGUUGCACGUUGCAUCCUGAGAGUUUUUCUAU